GCAAAUUCAUCUGUCGAGUCAGCCCAGUGUGGUGUAAUAACGAGGUUGCUCAUUUACGUCAGUCAGAAACCGCUUUAGGUCCGACAGCGAAUGCUGCGUCUUCCUCCUGUGCGUAACGGUGGCUCAAUCUUCAGCGUUUCCGAGUUUACAGGAGACGCAACCAGUUGUUUCUACCGCCGUCGGCUUUACUGGCUCGUCUUUGCUUGAAAGCUGUUCUAAGGAUUGCUCAACAAAAGAAUAGGACAAUUUUACAGUGAAAAGAAAAAAAUCUAGAUGGCUGGACAUACUCCGUAAGCAUAUGUAGAUGAGUGCGUCGUGAUUUCUUGCAGUUGGAUUGAAUCUGGAAAUGCCAGCGGGUGCAUACCAAUAAAUAAAAACGUUGACAAUUCAACCAGCCAUGCGCUUGUCUCCAGUAGGAGGGCCUGCUCUCCUCCUUCUCAUCAUCAGUGGGGCCGUGGCUGAGGAGGUCCUGCCUCCGACCAUCCAGAAGCUGAUGAAGGGAUACAACAAAUACCUCCGGCCCUUCUUUGGCAAUGGCCCAGUCACUGUAGGGAUGAGUUUGGACAUCGCCAGCAUUGACACCAUAUCAGAGAUCAACAUGGACUACACAGCCACCAUCUUCCUGCGCCAGCGCUGGACAGACGAGCGCCUCGUCUUCGAGGGCAACAAGAGCCUCAGCCUGGAUGGCCGGCUGGUGGAGCUGCUCUGGGUCCCUGACACCUUCAUCGUGGACUCCAAGAAGUCCUUCCUGCACGACAUCACUGUGGAGAACCGCCUCAUCCGCAUCUUCCCAAACGGAACCGUGCUCUACGCCCUCAGGAUCACCACAACAGUAGCCUGCAACAUGGAUCUGACUAAGUACCCCAUGGACAGGCAGACCUGCACCCUCCAGCUGGAGAGCUGGGGGUACAAUGUGAAGGAUGUUGUGUUUUACUGGACUCGUGGGAACUACUCUGUGAGUGGACUGGACACGCUGCAGCUGGCCCAGUAUACCCUGGAGGACUACUACACGUCAGAGUCUGAGGCGGUGUAUGAGACAGGUAACUACCCAAAGCUGAUCUUCCACUUCCGUCUGAAGCGCAGCAUCCUCUACUUCAUCCUGGAGACGUACGUGCCCUCCAGCGCUCUGGUGGUCCUCUCCUGGGUGUCCUUCUGGAUCAGCCAAUCCUCCGUGCCGGCACGCAUCUGCAUCGGUGUCACCACAGUGCUCACCAUGACGACCCUGAUGAUGGGCGCACGCACCUCGCUGCCUAACGCCAACUGCUUCAUCAAGGCCAUCGACGUCUACCUGGGCAUCUGCUUCAGCUUCAUCUUCGGCGCUCUGAUCGAGUACGCGGUGGCCCACUUCUGCACUUUACACCAGCCCAACUCCGCCCACGCCUACAUGUACGGUCAGGAGAUGCAGGACCGCGAGGACGAGAUGAACGGCGUCGUCACCUCCAUCGGCGGGAGCCGUGCACUGCGCGCCCGCAAGCGUGAGGAGGUGCUGAGCCGCAGUGGGAGCACCAGCAGCCCCACACACAGCCUACCCAAGGAGGAGCUGGCCAACGCCCCGGUCCCGGGCCCCCGUAUGGACACGGGCCCCCACCCGCGUGGGCGCUGCUUGCGGACCAUAUUGCAGGUGGGGCGCCUGGUGCGCUUCCUGAACUGCUGCCACGUGGAGAACCCACACUACAUCGACAACUACUCACGCCUGACCUUCCCUCUCUCCUUCAUCUUCAUCAACCUGCUGUACUGGACCUACUACUUGUACUUCUGAGAAGGGAACUGCAGCAGGGCUUGCAGUGAGGCUCUGUGUGUGUGUGUGUGUGAGAGUAUGUUUAUGUGUGUGUGUGUGUGUGUGUGUGUGUGUGUGUGUGAGAGAGUAUGUAUAUGUGUGUGUGUGUGAGUGUGUGUGUGUGUGUGUGUGUGUGUGUGUAUGUGUUGUGGGAGGGUAGAUUUGUUAGAUUUGUUUGUGAGUUAAUUUAUUCCAUCAAUUUCUGUGUGCGCCUGUGUGUUAUUUUUUUGACACAUUUUGUUUAGGCAACAUGCACCAUAUGCUCAUGGUCUUAGUUGUGUGUGUGUGUGUGUGUGUGUGUGUGUGUGUGUGUGUGUGUGUGUGUGUGCGCCUGUUUUAAGUGAGGUUGUAUGCUUGUUUCUGAGUCAGUCCUAUGUGUGUGUGUGUGUGUGUGUCUGUGUGGGAGCAUACCUCUAUGCUGGGAUAAAGUGGCCUUUGUUUUCCAGAGGAGCUUUACCAUUACAGAGAGAAACUAAGCAGGAGCUCUACUCUGCAAUAAACCCAUCAAUAUUACAUAGAAAGAGAGAAAAUGAAAGGGUAUAACAAGUGCUAUUCAUGGGCCUGCACUAGACUUGCACUAGACUUGGCUUGGCUUGGCUUUGAAUGUAGUGAUGAAUUUUACAACCAGACAGCAAUAUUCAACAAAUACACCCAAUCCGCAAUAAACAAAAUUCUCAAUAUCAAACUGGAUUACUUCCAUUUAAUCCAGUAUAGGCUUGGGGAUGGUUCUUAUAGGUUAUUAGAGGUUAUUGUGCAUUUAGAUAUCAUACUGGCUGCUGCCGAAUCAGGCAAUCGCAGGACCAAAGACAUCACAGAUUUCUUAUACGGAUCAAACAGAAAGGUUUAUUUUUUAACUCGGUUGAGUAACCAAAUUCGAAAAUGUAAUUGAGCUUCAGGUUUGUUUUGUAUUUAGUACCUAUCCAUUACAAGGCAGUGCCAUGGUUCGCAGGGCAGGCUUCUCUGAAUAGCUAUCUCUUUUCUUCUCUGUCUGCUUUUUAGUUUAGUCACAUACCAUUUUAUCUCUGUAAUUUAAAUCAAGAUGGUUAGAUACGCAAAUUGUAGACAGGAUUAUUUAAUCCUGUUCUUUUUUCCAGGGAAUCAGUUUGUGUCUUUAAUGAUCUAUUUACAAUAAUGCAUGCCUAGAUAUCCCUUCCUUCUGUCAUGGUGUUGUAUUCCUUUGAAUUAACCAUUGUUUGUCUUCUUGUUUUUUUCCAAUCAGAAAGCACUUUUUAAAGAGAAAAUUAAGACUAAAAUGUCACCAGGCAUUCAAUUAGUUCAUGUGUUAUGCCAGGUGGUGUUGUUUAUAUCUGAUUAGAUCACAUAUUGCAUAGCCAUUCCUAUACAACACACCUGGAACUCUUUCUAGUAAGUAUUAAGUUAUGGGUGAAGACAGAAUUACUGUCCCUCAUAAUGGUCUUAACUGUUCUCUUCUUUGUAUAUAAUUAGUUGUUUAAAUUUGACACUUCUCAGAAUGGUUGUACAUGUUGCUGCCAUAUUAAUCCAGGGAAGAGAGGACGUGAGUUGUACUUGCUUGUUUUAUUUUCACCUCUUGAUAUGAUAUGCCCUCACUUUAUUUACUGUGAAUGUGCCACCACUGACAGGUAUGCAAACAACAUAUUUGUGUGUUUUAAAGCUACGCUGUGUAGAUAAUUAUGGUCUUCCUACUGCACUGACAGGCCACUAGCAUCUACCGAUGUGUUAAUCUUACGUUUUAGUUUAAUGCUACAAUAACGAUGUGAAUACUUCGGCAAUCGGUACGUUCAGGUGGGGGCGGUUUUUGGAGACGUUUGCAAAAAUGAUGCUUUUGUAUAGUGCAUGGACGUUUGCAUUUUUAAAAAAACUAUUUUUUUGAACUGAAAUAUAGAAUCAGGUAUGUUUUUCAUGCAUGAGUAAACAAGAGUGGGUUUAGCUCACCAAGCACCCGCAAACAGCAGCACACGCAGGGGGAGAACUGAAUCAAGGUACUUAUCAGAGAAUACGCUGACUUUAUCUAAUUUACAUUGUAGCUUGGGCUUAAAAUAGAAUAACGCUGGGCAGUUUUGCAGUGAAACUUGUGCAAGAGUGAAACAUUUCCUGGUUUAAAUGGAUCUCUGCCAAUGAUAAACGGAGAACAUUUACGUUUCUAUAAAUUCAGUUUUAACUGGCAGGACUCUGAUCUGUGCUCUUUCCCCUCGUCCGGUAAGAUAACCUUUGUCAUGUCAAGUGUCAUGUGACCUCAUUAUCUUAGGAUUCUAUGGCCCUGCUCUCUGACCAAGACUCUCUUCUUCAUGCCAUUCAAACUUUUCUCUCUUUCUCUCUCUCGCUGCCUUUUCUUUGUCUUCCCUCUCACUGACUCUUCUUCCCUAAUUCCUCCUGAUUGAUAAGAGGCACACAGUGGAGACCUCCUGAACUCUCUAGAUCACUGAUCCUGAAAGAGUGAGAUAAGAUAUCAAGUAUGGCCAGAACUCAGUUAACUAAUCUGAAAUUUGGUCCAGUCCUUUGUAGUCUAGUGGCACAUUGCAGACCUAAGAUCAGUUACAUGGUGGAUUUCAGGAUCAAGUCAGUUAACCUUCCGUUGAUUGCAUCUCCCUGUUCAAUUUUCCAUUAACUUCUGCCCCUCUCUCUCUGUCCUAACCCAUCACUGUAGACCUACAAUAGUGACACAGUUGUAACCAUAAGAAAGCCCCAUUACUGACUGGUGUAGAGCCAUUUGGUGGUGUUGGUGUAGGUGGGGUAGUGUGUCCAACUACCCAGUCCUUUUAGCUAUGUACAAAGAGACCUAAGGUAGGGACAUAGAUUGAGGUUUGCUCACAAUUAGGUACCAGGCAGCCCUUUCACAGUCUUCCCAUAUUCCUUUGCAAGCACCAGCUAAUUGCAGGGAGGAACCAUAUUUGGCCAAAUUCUAUAGAAUGAAUAGAUCCCUUAUUGAUUUCCCCAGCCAGCUUUUUGAGAUUAGUAUUCUCGUUAGAGACAAACUAAGGAGGGAGGAUGAAGUUAGAGGUGGGGCCUUUUCCUUUGAUGUCUUUCUCCUUACUUUUCUUUAACACACACACACACACACACACACACACACACACACACACACACACACAC